ACAGCUCAACUUGAACCUCGGUGUCUGUCCCUCUCAGCCGUUUCCACGCCGAAAUUUACAUUUUCACCAUUUAUAUAUACCCACCUUACUCUCUUCUCUCUAUACCUUAACACAUUUUUGCUUCAUCUCUCUCUCUCUCUCUCUAUAGAAAAUAUGAGGAGGAAUUGCAACUUGGAACUAUGCCUUUUUCCUCCAUACAAUUCUAGCAAUCACCAAAACCACCCCAUGGUAGAAGAAGAAGAAGAAGAAGAUAGUAAUGAGAGCACUCCAAUGCAAAAUCAGCAUCAGCCACUGACCAUUUUCUACGAUGGCAAGAUGUGUGUUACUGAUGUCACAGAGCUUCAGGCCAAAUCCAUCUUAAUGCUGGCAAAUAGAAUUAAGGUGCAAGAAAAAGUGAUGACACCAAUAGGGUCAGAACCAUCAACACCAACCACCAUAGUGCAAUCUCCUCAUCAAUUGUAUAGCCCUGGACCAGGACUUUCCAUGAAAAGAUCUUUGCAAAGGUUUCUACAGAAGAGAAAGAAUAGGGUCCAAGAAGCAUCUCCAUAUUAUCACUAGCAAAAUCAAAUUCCUCCUUAUUUUUUUUAGCAUAGCCUAUUUAAUUUGAAUCUGUUUUUUUCUUCUUUUUUAUUCUUACAUUUUCAUUUUCUUUUUUGAAUGAAUUAGGGUUUGAAAUAUUAUAGGUAUUUGUCCUCGCACAUACUUUAAAUAUGUUUUAACCAUAUUCAAAUCAUGACAUUGUUUGUAAUAUAGAUCCAUCAAAGAUCAUGAAUUAUAAUUUGUUUAUUACUAUAGGCAGGCAGUCUUUCGAGAUUCAAA